UUCGCAUCGGCACCGGUUUCUUUCUGCGCAGUUUGUUGUUUUUUGAUCGCCGGAGUUUAUUAACCCUUUUUACAUUAGUUCAAGAUGACUACCAGGUUCAGCAAAAAUCGCAAGAAGAGAGGUCACGUCAGCGCUGGACAUGGACGUAUCGGUAAACACAGAAAACAUCCUGGUGGUCGAGGAAAGGCAGGUGGUCUGCUCCAUCUCAGAACGUUAUUCGAUAAAUACCAUCCUGGUUACUUUGGAAAAGUUGGUAUGAGACACUUUCACAAAACUAUGAAUAAAUACCAUUGUCCCGCAAUCAACUUAGAUAAGUUGUGGUCAUUAGUGAGUGAACAGACUCGAAAAAAUUAUGCUGGCAAAGAAGGGCCUGCUCCAGUUAUUGAUUGCAUCAGAGCUGGAUACUACAAAGUUCUCGGUAAAGGAAUUUUGCCAAAACAGCCAGUUAUCGUUAAAGCAAAAUUCUUCAGUCGUCGCGCUGAAGAAAAAAUCAAGAAAGCCGGUGGAACCUGUGUACUCUCUGCAUAAAUUAUAAAUAACGGUUGCCAAAA